AUAGUUUAGGAGACGGUUUAAGGUCUGUUGUAAUUACAACCAAUGGAUUAUUUUUCGGGUGUUUGGGGCCUAAGACUCAAGAACUGCUCGAACGCUGUUUGAACAUGUUUGAACCAUCUCCCUUUAAGAACCCAUCCUCAAAAUUCCAUUCGACUCAGCUCUAGGGCAUAACAAGUGUUCCUUUUUCACAUGCACUCCAUUCGCGUCCGCGCGUGCGACUGUCGUGCAAAAGAACGGCUUAAAAGGCUUCUGGCGACCACGGCCGGGUGGCUUUUUCCCAUGCGGCAGAAACGGCCCGGCAGCAAUGAGGUUCAAAAGGUCCGUCUGAGAUUGAAGAGAGCUGUGCACUGGACCAAAGAGUAGGUAGGUGACAUGGAAAAAUCGAUGUUCAUCAUUUUAGAAUAUGUUUAACAUAUAUUCCCACUGGGUCUUGUUCUUGGGGUCCCGCACUGAAAAUCAUGUGGCUGUGGGUCCAAACCCGGGGCCUGGUUGAAUCAUGUUCAAUCUGUUAAUUUUCCUCAACGAGUGAGUCCUCUCCUCCCAUCCGAAAUCCAUCACUCCGCAGAAGUUCGGUCGGUGACCGCUCGCUCCGCGAACGAGGUCGGGCGCGGUGAACGAGCCGCUGAGCUUGCGCUUCAGCAAUGCCAGCCUGGAAGCAGGGAAGGCCUACACGGUGGGCGUGCGUGUCUUGAACCCCGGUGGCCGACCACCAGAUGCCACCAACUACUGGGGCAUCUCCUUGCAGGACCAUACUAGAGCUACCUUUGAUGCGAAUCUACGCAUUCCGGGGUUGGUGCUCAAAUCCAUUCCCAUUCGCUGCAAUGGCUUGGGCUGGACCAACUCCGACCCCCGAGUGCUGACGAUCGUCUUGAUCCAGCUGCGGGUUUUGCACGAGAUCCCCUCCGGGACUUUGCAAAGGUUCGUGGUCAGAGCGCCUGAGGGCAUCAUGUUCAAUGAAGAUCCCGCUAAGGUCUCGGUGCUACCCAAAGCUUUGCCUUUGCGCUUGGCCAUCCCCACGCAAGUGGCUGGGGAUUUGCUGUCUUUGUUCUUGGAUGAGCAGUCGCUGGUGGAGAUCGGCACCUACAACAUCCGCUUCGAAGUCAGCAAUCCCACUGUCUACCCGCACGACAACACCUGGUCCAUCUUCGCCAUGAAGGACAUCACGGUGGAGUUUGUGCAUGUCUUGACAGGCUACUACGAGGGCCAGGCCUCGCCCUUUGACAUCAAUGUGGCAACACAGGCUCAGACCAGCGCAGCCGGAACCCCGUUCCGCUUGCAGCUCUUGCUGACCGUCGUGGUCGUCAUGGCGAUAUUCCGGAUGUGAGAUGUUCAGGUGGACUCCAAAGAAAAGCAC